AUGCCUCGCACAUCCUCCUCGAACGAUGACGCGCGUCCUCUUUGCGACGACGACGAAAACACCCCUUGGUCGAUAACUGCCUCCACGUCGGCGUCGCAAACUCGGAAUCCGAUCCGAGAAAUCAUGGACAAUUUCAACGCGACACCCAACCCGAACAAAACCGUCAUCAGUUGCGCGUUGGGCGAUCCUUCCGUUUUCGGGCACUUACAACCCCCCCCCGGCGUCGUCGAACACGUCCGAGACAUGUUCAAGGAGAAGAAAAAUAACGGAUACGCCCCGAGUUCUGGUUUACACGAAAGCAGGGCGAGUUUAGCGCUGAGAUACGGGCCCAGGAUGGCACGGAAGAGUUUCGACGUGACGAGGAGGAGAUCGGAGGCGGAGGAGGAGAAAAAAUUCCUCGAAAACGACGACCAAAAAAACACCUCAAAUAAAAAAGAAGUUGACUUUUUGAAAACGAAAACGAACACCAUCUCUCUCGCGCAAGGGGGCACAGAGACGCAUCAUCGUCGCGUACAAAACCAACCUCGCAAAAGCACGGACAAUUCCGCGGUCGUGGUCUACCCGAACUCUCGAGCGAAACUGAGCGCGCACGACGCGUUUUUGACGCACGGAUGUUCGCAAGCGCUUUCGCACGCGAUUCAGGUUUUGGCGAAACGAGGGGACAGGGAGAUGGCGAUGUUGUUGCCGAAACCUGGGUUUGCGUUGUACCAAACGUUGUGCGAGGUGCACGGGGUGGAGUGUGUUUUUUACGAUUUAGACGGGAAGAAGGAUUGGGAGAUUGAUUUAGAGCACGUGAGACGGUUGGUAGAGGAAAGGAAGAGAGACGGAACGAAGAGGAAGAUAUCGGCUAUUUUGGUGAAUAAUCCGAGUAAUCCGUGCGGGGCGUUGUUUGCGGAGAGGCACUUGGUGGAAAUUUGCGAAAUGUGCGAGGAGUUGAAGUUACCGAUCAUAGCGGACGAAGUGUACGAGGAUAUUUCCUUUGGCGAUAGGUGUAACUAUUUGCCUUUGGCGAGUGUGUCGGAGACGGUGCCUAUUUUAGCCGUCGGAUCUUUGUCAAAGAGAUGGUUGGUACCCGGUUGGAGGCUAGGAUGGUUGUUAGUGCACGAUAGAAACGAUGUCAUGAAGAAUGGGGGGAUACACGACGCGUUGGAAAAGCUUUCACAGGUGACGCUAGGCCCGCCGACGCCGUUACAGGCGGCGUUGCCGUUUAUUUUGCAAAACGACGACUCGGCGUGGUUAAACGAAACGUUGCAAACGUUAAGAGAGGCCAGGGACGUGUGUAUUGAAAAAUGCGAAAGGUGUGUUGGUUUGAGUAUGGAGUCGUUGCCAGACGGGGCGAUGUAUGCGUUGGUAAAAAUCGAUUGCGAGCUGUUCAGAGCGGCAGGGAUGACGGACGACGUCGCUUUUACGAGCGCCUUGUUUAGCGAAGAGAGCGUUUUAGUGCUUCCCGGGCAAUGUUUUGGAGCGUUUGGAUACGCGAGAGUUGUUUUAACGUGCCCAACGGAAACGCUCUCUGAAGCGUGGGAUAGAAUAGAAUCGUUUUGCCAGCGCAAAGCGUCGCCGGAUAGUCACGGUAGUGAUAAUUUAGUAGCGGGCGAAGUGUUAUCGGCGAGCGAAUUCGGAAGAAAAACGUCAACACCUGCGCCGCCUUCGGAUGAGGACAUCGAUGAUGUCUUCUCUCUCGAAGCGACUAUGCGACAAGAAGAAGCUAUUUAUUAG